AUGCUGGGUGUCACGGUUCUCGCUACACUCCUGGCCUGCGCCUCCAGCUGCGGUGUCCCCAGCUUCCCCCCCAACCUCUCAGCCAGGGUGGUGGGAGGGGACAAUGCCGUUCCCCACAGCUGGCCCUGGCAGAUCUCUCUCCAGUACCUCAAGGAUGACACUUGGAGACACACCUGCGGUGGCACCUUGAUCUCCAGCAACUUUGUCCUCACGGCUGCCCACUGCAUCAGCAACACCCUGACCUACCGCGUGGCCCUGGGGAAGCACAACCUGACAGUGGAUGAGGAGGGCUCCCUGUUCGUGGGCGUGGACACCAUCUAUGUCCACGAGAAGUGGAACUCCUUCCUGGUGCGGUGA